AUGCAGGCCCGCCCCUCCGUUUGUAUCGGGGUCUCAUUUCAUCAAUCUUCUCAAUGUGUAACUGGUAAAAACUUGCCUGUGGUGAAGGUCUCAUCUCAGAAGAAACAGAAGUAUGUGGUCCAUUCGAGUAGCAGCCACUUGUCCACCUGGCCAGCCUAUGAACCAGGCCAAGGGAUCCUCCAGAACCGAAAACCGUGCACUCUCCCUGACUGGCAAAGCGCCAACAAACCGCUCAUGCCGAUUUCGAAGCCACGUUACCUUGAAGAGCUGGAGUCCUACUUGCGGGCCGAGUUGCAAGUGCUCGACUUGACUAGAGGAAAAGUUCAAGAACUUAGGCUGCAGCCUUAUAGAGAAGUAUUUGAGUGUUUCAUGGAAGAAUUCAAGACUUACAAACCUUUGCUGGCUUCCAUCAAGAGGGAGUAUGAAUCGACGAUAGCCCAUCUGCAGGAAAAGAUCUGCACUCUGGAAUCUGUGAAUGGGGUUCUGGUCACCGCCUCUGAUCAAUGUACUCAGCAAAUCCUGGCUUUUCAACAGCAGGAGAAAAUUGAAAUCGCGAAAUUGAAAGAGGAGCGGCUCUAUUUACUGAAGCUGAUUGACAAAAUGAAGGAGGAAAAAUGUUCACUAGAGACCCAGGUGGCCAAGCUGCGAAAGACAGUGGCCGAAGAAUAUCUUCGUUAUCUCAACGAGUGUGACGCCCGCAAGCUAUUACUUUUGGACCUCAACGAAAUGUACCGUCAGAAGGAAGAACUGAGGCUCACCAAGGAGCAAGAGGAUGUUCUAGAGGAGGACACGGUGAAGCUGAAGGUUGCGCUGAGGGUGGCCCGCCAGGACCUCACCAAAGCUCAAGUGGACCUGAACACCAUGCAAGCAAACUACGGAGAUGUUGUGCCUCGAAGAGAUUUUGAACUGCAGGAACGAAAAUAUAACGAUUUGGCUGAUAAGUUGUCAAUUCUUCAGAAAGAUUUUGAUGACCUUCGUGAGGAAUAUGAGAUAAUGUUGGAUAUACACAAACAAGUUUCAGAAGACCGAGACCGCUACUUCAAUGACCUCAUCAAUGUCCAGCGGACGUCCACACCCCGCCCGGACUGGAACAAAUGUGCAGACGUGAUUCUUGGUGGAAGUGAGCGCUGGAGCAGCUUGUCGGUGGGCAGAACAAGUGACCAGCUAGUCGAUGUGCUUUUGGAGGAAAUUGGCGGGGGUCUCCUGAGAGAGCGCGACACCUUCAUCGGGCGGGGAAGAAGCGAAAGGAUUCCCCCGUACCUGAGGUGUGAUGGCCUGGUUAGAAACAAGAAGCUGAGCAAGAAGGAAGUCGUGGCCCUUCUGAGGGAGAUCUGGAGGGAAAAAAUUAUAUCAGAUCAACAGAGAGGGAAACAAUCCAGCCUCUCCGAUUUCUUCCUAGGCUUCUUUCAGAAAAAAUAUGGCGAAGGUGUUGCGUUUGACUGGACUUACAGCGUCUAUGAAAACCUCAAGCUCUUUCGGUCGAAUGAAAUGAUGGCCUUGUUUCUUAACAUCCUGACAGGAAACCUGGAUGAGGGAGUAUAUCACAGUCACCUCCUGGAACUGAACAACCUGUUAAAAGAACUGACUGCUGCUGAUACCGAAAAUACCGGCCACUUGACAGAGGAGCAAUUCAUCCUGGCCUUGAGGACAGCCUUUCCACUAAAAACAGAUGAAGAGAUUCAGGAGUUACUUGAUGCAGCUGGCUUCAGGCCAAAUGUUGGUGCCGUUAUGUACAAGCUGUUAUUCUUAGAGGAUGAGGAAGGAAAAACAGAACCCCUAAUCGCAAAACUUAAGAACCAAUAUGUGGUUGAGAAACAGACGUAUCUGAACGAGCUGCGUGCUGAACUAGGAGCCUUGGUAGACGUGAGGCCUGAUGAUCUGAGGGCAGCUUUCUGUAUAAUUGACCACGGCUUAACUGACCAGACCUUGGACUCUUACCUCUCUUAUGCCUUCCAAGUUCCCAAAGAGCAGCUGGACCCGGCAGUCUCCCUUCCCAUAGACAUUCUGAUGCAAAGGCUUAUGAUGGGAGAUCUCCACAGACAGGGAGCUGCCUCGGGACAGCCGCAGCAAGUGCCUCCCUCUCACGCGGCCGAAGAAGCAGAUCAUCCCAGCAACUGACUCGACCCACUUGCUCUCCCGCUCCGAGAUUCAUUGGAAUCGUUUAAGACCUGCUCAGGUCGAACUGAGAACAGCUGCCCUGCCAGAGCUUGCAGCUGAUAACUGAGCCCCCAGGAGCAAAGCCGCGAUCCCGGUUGAUUUUCUUAGGCUUCAGACAAAGCUUAAAAGUCAUGACAAAAUCCACCGUCUGUGCUAUUAAAAUGUCUUUUAAAAUCCACGCAAAACAUUUAGUACGGAGCAUCCCAUUUCUCAGACUGGGGAACUUAACUUCCACUCAUGGAGGAAGGGUUGAAGUGGAAUCUGGCAGAGCUUCAGGUUUGUUUGCAAAAAGUAGCAGUUAUUUCCUCUUUAUAUAUAUCCAUAAAUAUUCCACAACAGGAACCCAUGAAGAAAUUGUGAAAUGACAGUUCAGCCAAUUGGAUGCUAAAAUAAUUUAAACCUAUGCAGUUUUCAAAAGUUUUAUGUUUUAUUUAUAACAAUUGAAUUAUCCACAGUCCGCUGGGGGCUAGAGAGUAAAGAAAGGAUUAUAUUAUUAACACAGAAACCAGGGCAGCCAAGCAACUGAAGAGGUAGCGAAACUAAAUUACAAAGCCAAACAACAUAACAAUUUUUUCCCCUGUCAAUUCAACGUAUUUUUGCUAUGCUCCAAUUUGCACUGAAAAAAAGGGGAGCUUACCAAGUCUUGGAAACUGAUGGUUUCCAGAUUAGUGAUUUAAAAAUGUAUAGUUCGUUUAUAUAAACAGUGUUGUUAAGAUGCAAUAAAACUAUUAAAUAAACUUUCCUUAUAAGCUUUCCUAUAUCUGACAUCAAAGGAUUUUGUGCUAGAGGAUUCUUUUUCCAGGAUGUUGCGGAGAAGCAAAUAUGAAA